AUGCUUCUCACCAAACAAGAAGAGUACUCAAAAAAAAUCAGGGAAUUGGGUCCAUUAUCUUCAGAUGCUUUUGAAACGUAUAAGCGGAGGAGCAUUAAAGAGUUGUAUAAAAUGCUUCACAAGUGCAACGAGCAAUUGCAACAGUUCAGCCAUGUAAACAAAAAAGCCCUGGAUCAAUAUGUAAAUUUCACUGAGCAAAGAGAAGAACUCCAGCGAAGGCAAGCUGAAUUGGAUGCAGGUGAUGAGAAAAUUAAAGAACUUAUUUCUGUUUUGGAUCAACGGAAGGAUGAAUCAAUUGAACGCACCUUCAAAGGGGUGGCUAAGCAUUUUCGAGAAGUAUUUUCUGAACUUGUGCAAGGUGGCCAUGGAUUUUUGGUCAUGAUGAAGAAAAAGGUUGCUGCUUUAUGA